AUGUCGGCCGUGAAAUCCGGAUCGUCCUUAAGGUCACUUGUUCUGACCCCCGAGCGGAUUCCCAGCUUCCUCCAUGUCUCACGCAGUCCUCUCCUCGGAUCUCCGUGGCCCCAACGGUGCACUGUAGAACGGACCAGGCUGCUGUCGGACCACGACGAUGCACCGGGAGAAAGCCCGCCCGUGACCCCAUCAAGCAACGCGUCCUCCGGGCGUUUUCCGUUCUGUUUUCCGGCGCAGCGACUCGGACGUCCUCGCCGCGUCGCCGCUAUGGCGGCAGAACCCGCGGGCGAGGGGCCGCGAGCAGGCGUCGAAAAGGCGACGACGCCCAGCUUUCUGGGUGCCGCGCUGACCGCGAGCCGGGUGCAGUCCCUGUUCCAUAAGAGCAAACCAGUGGCCGUCGGAGAAGCCAGCCCGGGGGACUCUGAGGAAGCUGCUCACCCAGGACGGUCACGGGUCAACCUGCGGCCCGUUAAGGCUUUCGGCCUCCAUGUGAUGAGGGAGUUGAAGAGGCCCGCAGCUGCUCUGAAAGGCCUGAGCACCUCUCCCCGGAUCACUGCCCCCCGUUAA